AGUCAAAAUAUGUAACCCGGAAGUUGGUAGCAAACGUGUUAGCCGGCUUCCAGAAUUUUGCAAUAUUUUUAUUCAUUUAUGUAGAGAGUUUACAACAUUUCAGUUUUAUAAUAAUGCCAACAGUGUCUGUGAACAAGGAGGAGCUUUUCCAGGUGUUAGGCAGGAGCUAUACAUUUGAAGAAUUUGACGAGUUGUGUUUUGAGUUUGGACUGGAAGCUGAAACAGCUGAGGAUGAAGAAGGGCAGGGGGACAGCAAUGAGGAAAUCUACAAAAUAGAGGUACCAGCCAAUAGAUAUGACUUGCUCUGUAUUGAAGGUAUUGGAAGAGCCCUACUUGUUUUCCUGGAAAGGUUGAAGGCACCAAGGUACAAGUCAGUGGCCCCAGCAUCUGGUCAGAGACAGCAGCUCAAGAUAUUGCCUGCUACAGGACAGGUACGUCCUCAUGCUGUGGCUGCUGUACUAAGAAAUAUAAAAUUUACAGAGGACAGAUAUAAAAGUUUCAUAGAUCUUCAAGAUAAACUCCAUCAGAACAUCUGCAGGAGGAGAACACUGGUUGCCAUAGGAACCCAUGACCUUGACACUAUGCAAGGACCAUUCAUAUACGAUGCUAAACCACCAGCUGAUAUUAAAUUCAAGGCACUAAGUCAAACACAAGAAUACACAGCUGUAGAACUGAUGAAACUGUAUUCUGGAGAUAGUCAUUUGAAGACAUACCUACCUAUCAUCCAAGAUAAACCAGUGUAUCCCAUAAUCUAUGAUAAAAAUGGAGUUGUUCUGUCUAUGCCCCCUAUUAUAAAUGGUGAACAUACAAAGAUCACCUUGGAGACAAAGAAUGUUUUCAUAGAAUGUACGGCGACAGAUCUGACCAAGGCUAAAAUAGUGCUGGACACAGUUGUCACAAUGUUUGGUCAGUAUUGUGAGGAACCGUUUAUUGUAGAGCAGGCAGAAGUGAUACAACCAGAUGGUACUACAGUUAUAUAUCCUGAGUUGGCAUACAGACAUGAAGUUGUAAAUGUGGAAGAAAUCAACAAAAAAGUUGGCAUAGAUAUAAGUGGAGAGGAAAUGGCAAGAUUAUUGACAAAAAUGUACCUAGAGUCAGAGGUGAUUGAUGGUGGCAAAAACCUCAAAGUAGAAGUCCCACCCACCAGAGCUGAUGUACUUCAUGCAUGUGAUAUAUUUGAGGAUGUGGCAAUAGCAUAUGGCUUCAACAAUCUGAAAUGGACCAUACCCGACACAAACACUAUCUCCAAUCAGUUCCCGUUGAACAAGUUGACAGAUCUGAUGCGACAGGAAGUAGCUGCGUCCGGAUUCACCGAAGUUCUCACAUUUGCUCUGUGUUCGAGAGAUGAUAUAUCAGAUAAACUGAGACAGGACAUUAAAACAAGGAACGCUGUUCAUAUUGGCAACCCGAAAACACUUGAAUUUCAGGUUGCCAGGACAACAUUGUUACCAGGGAUACUUAAAACCAUCUAUCACAACAAGAAUAUGCCACUGCCACUGAAACUGUUCGAAAUAUCUGAUGUCAUCUUCAAAGAUGAUAAUAAAGAUGUUGGAGCAAGAAAUGAGCGCCAUUUGUGUGCAGUGAACUACAACAAGACGUCAGGAUUUGAGAUAAUACAUGGUUUAUUAGAUAGAAUAAUGCAGUUGUUAGAGAUACCAGCAACAGUAGAUGGGACUGGAUACUUCAUUAAAGCUUCUCAAGAUGGAACUUUCUUCCCCGGGCGAUGUGCAGAUAUCAUGGUAAAAGGAAAAUGUAUAGGAAAGCUGGGAGUUCUACAUCCGGAAGUGAUCACCACCUUUGACCUAAACAUGCCUUGUUCUGCCCUAGAAAUAAACCUAGAGGCACUCAGUUAGUGUAACUAACAACAUAGACAUUAUGAAAUGUUAAUCGAACAUUAUUAAGGACUGGCUUGUGGAAGGUUUUAAAAUUAUUAGUUUUCCAGUUUUAGGAAUGCGGUCUUCUUUCUUAGGAAAACGUUUAUUCUGGUGCACACUAAAAUUGUUUGCAUGAAUUUAAGGGUUUCUUUCUAUGGGUUUGGAGUUAGAGUAUUUUAAGACUUAAUUAAAAAGGAUUUUUAUAGGAGUUUAUUUCAAUGGUUGAUUCAGCUUUGAAAUAAAUUUACAGUUAUAAAUGUAAAGUACCAAUUAUGCUAUAAAUGGAAGGGCAGAUCUCCAAAAAUGCACAAUGCCAAUGAUGUGUAGAUUUUAAUAUUCUUUCUAAAUUGAAAAGUAACCUAGCAGGGCAGUCCUUUGAAUGUUACUACACACAAACUGAACAGCUUUUUAAAGUGGUAUUUAUUUACUGUUGUAAUUUAAAAUUGAUUUGACCUUGCAAUAUAUAUAUGUUUGCUGUCUACAGUAUAACUCUGCAUGCAUCAUGACAUUGUUAUAUAACUUAAGUAAUUAGGUCAUACAGUAAGGAACACUGGAGCACGCAACAAGAGGCUACAAUUUAUUAUUUUAUUUAUUUAGAAUAUAAGAUGUGUAAAUUAUAAAAAUUUUAAUAAUGUGAGAAAUGUUGACAAAUGCAUUAAGUGAACAUGUUCUUUAUAGAAUGACAGUAAAUGAUGUACACUACAUGUGUUGCAGAAAUUGUUUGGGAUAUGAAUAUAAAGAUAUUUUCUUUCUAUACAAUGCCUAUCAGUAGAAAAUUUUAGUGCCAAUAUUUCCUUUCUGAAGAAUUGGAACUCUUUAUUGUCUUUUUGUUACACAGUUGCAAUAUUUUCCGAUUGAUUGUAUGUAUUUUACAUUUUCAUUUAGAUGUAAUAAAAAUAUAUAAAAUACCCCAAUUUUGAUGAUUAGAUGGUUUCAAAUAUACAUAUUGUAGAUGUCAUACAGGACACAAGUCAGAUGAAGGUGAAACAUUUUAGCACACAUUCUAAAGAUAUACAUGAAAUGAUGAUCAAAAUUUAAUGAUAACAUCCUUUAUUUAUUCAACAGUUUUGUUACAUUUUUCAUGUCAGAUACAAUAAACCACUUUAAUACCUGA